AGUUUACCGCAGUUCAUUGGAAAAUAGACGUGUCUCUGAGCUUCAGAAUGAUUUGUUGGACUUGAAGAUGAACAGCUCCUCACACAUCACUGAGCUACAGAAUAAUCUGGAGACACUGCAAAGAGAACACUCUGACCUUCAGAGAGACCAUUCAGAUCUACAGACAGACUACAGAUACAUUAGCAGAAGCUGUCAGCUUAAACAGAGCUUCAAGGCUAAGCUGCAGAAGAAAGUGGAGGCUGUGGAGGCUGAGAACUCCAGACUGCAGCGUCUCUACAGCAGCAUGAUGGCCAGUUAUCUCCCCAUAGAGAUGUGCUUCCCCAAUGACACCAACAAGACUGUCAGACGUGUGUUUUCUGAGUAUUCAAGAAAGGAAGGAGUUGCCCCCAUAUCAGUGUGGAACUGGAUUCUUGAAGCCUCAGUUGAUGUGACACUGGAUCCCAAUUCAGCGCAUCCCAGUCUCAUCCUGUCCGCAGAUGGGAAACAAGUGAGGCUGGGUGAUCAAAGACAGACUCUACCUGAUUCUCCACAGAGAUUUGAUCCUGUUGUUUCUGUGCUGGGCAGGGAGGGAUUCUCCUCUGGGAGACACUACUGGGAGGUGGAGGUGGGGGAGAAGACUAAAUGGACUUUAGGAAUUGCGAGAGAGUCCAUCAAAAGGAAGGGGGAUAUUACACUGAGUCCCAAGAAUGGCUACUGGACUAUGUGGUUAAGGAAUAAUGAAUAUAGGGCACUUGAAGGCACCUCUGUUCUCCUAUCACUGAGUACAAAACCCAAGAAGGUGGGGAUAUACUUGGAUUAUGAGGAGAGACAGGUCUCCUUUUACAAUGUGGAGACCAGGAAUCACAUCUACACUUUCACUGACACCUUCACUGAGAAACUGUAUCCAUACUUCAGUCCCAACAUCAAUGAUGAUGGCAAAAACUCUGGCCCACUGAUCAUCUCUCCCACUGAGAUAACAGACUAAACAUCAAGGUCAGGUUUCUUGUAGUACUACAUAUAGACUGCUUCGUUUUAUUAUUCAUUUUGAUGAUUCAUUGUAACAUUUGCAGAUAUUGUUUUUAGUUUGAGUUAAAAUAAUAUAGGUAAAUAAAAAUGGACACAAUGAAA